AUGGGUUUGAGUCUGAAGAAGAAGUUGAAGGACUUCAUCCGUGGUCCAAAGAAAGAUGACGCCCCCAAAGAACCACUUCACGCCCACCCGAGUCCACGGCAGCAGGCGGGUGCGCUCGCGGAGAAGGCACCCAGCUCCUGCACGACCGAUUCUUCGGGAACAGCGCAAUCGAUUUCAGCCACCGAACUAUCAAAUACGCUCCAAGAAGAUACACGAGACGAGCCGGCCGCGAAGUUAACGCCUUCCCAAAACAGUGAAGGGUCUAUUCGGCAGUUGUGGGACGUGGCAUAUCAAAACCUGCGAAAUCAAGAAGAGAGCCUCGUACAAGAGUUCGAGGACCAGAUAUGCGGCAACUUGGCUGCUGGCCUUGGUGUCGGCGUACGUUCACAUGCCGGAACGAAAGACUGGUUGGCAACGAUCCUCAAGAACAAGAUGGAUCAAGUCAACCGGGAGUCUUGGAGGCUGAAAUUUGGCAGCUCCGAGGUGGAAGUCCAGGAUAUUGUAAAGCCCGUCCUAGCUGUGGUCGACUGGGCCAAUGAUUUUGUUGCCAAAGCUCUAGUCUCAAAUCCAUACGCUUCGAUUGCUUGGAGUGGUGUGAGCUUGUUACUGCCGCUGCUUCUGAAUCCCUUGGAUCAAGCCGCCGCUCUGGCCAAGGGGCUUGAGCACAUAUCGUCCCUCAUAGUACGAAGCUCUAUGUGGGAAGAUCUUUAUGUCCGGCGUUACGAGUCUAAGACCAGCGAGGCUUCGCCGGAGCCGCAUGCUGCUUACAGACUCGUCUUGGAAAGACUGUACAGAGAGAUCCUCAAGUUUCAGAUUGUUUGCUAUCGCUACCACAACCAUAAAACUGGCGCUCGCCUGGCGCUUGAUUCUGUGAAGCAUCAUGACUGGGAAGAGCUGCUUGAACAGAUCAAAUAUCACGAGACCGAAUUCGACAAAGUAAGCAAUCAUGUGCAGGACCAGGCGUAUACGGAAGAAUGGGAAUACGCAGAGGCGCGGCAUCAACAAGCCAUGAACCAUUGGGAAAGGAUUGGUACAGAUGUUUCCGAUCUGAGAAGAAGGAUUGAGGAAAUCCAGAACGAUAAGAAGCGCAAAGAAUUGCUCAACUGGCUUUGUACCGUUGACCCUUCUGUGCAGUACAAUGCCGCGCGUAGUAAACACCGCAGUGGCACUUGCGAAUGGCUAAUUCAAGAUAACGAAGAUUUCAAGACGUGGGAAACAGCUCCAACGUCUUUCUUGUGGCUCAACGGCAAAGCUGGCUCCGGCAAAUCGAUUCUGAGCUCAUCGGUCAUCAAACACUUGAAAGAAAAGUCAGAAGAGAAUCCUCAAGUUGCUCUUGCGUACUACUUCUUCAGCUUUGGGAACUUGGAGCAACAAAAGGUAACCGUUAUGUUAUCUUCGCUUAUUGGCCAACUUUGCGCGAGCCGUCCCGAUACGCCACAGCCGAUCAAAGAAUUCGAGAGUUUCGUGGUCAAAAGAGAGCGUCCAGAUACGGACACACUUGAGAAUGCACUUAGAGCUGCCGUUCGUGGGUUUUCAGCAGUAUACAUUGUUGUAGACGCUCUCGAUGAGUGCCCGAUUCUUGAUGGGGAGCGAACGAGGCUUAUGGACUGCCUCAGUAAGAUCAUUUCCAAAAUGCCGGAUAAUCUCCAUAUCUUUUGUACGAGCAGGGCCGAGCCGGACAUUCGUACUAAGUUCGAAGAGAUGCCGUCUUUGCCAACGAAAAACACCAUCAGUCUCAUGAAAAAUCAGGCGGGCUUAGACAGUGAUCUAAGUCUGUACAUCGACGCCACCUUAGCUACUGGAACGUACAAACUUUGGCCUCCCGAGAUCAAGACCGAAGCCAAGGAAUCAUUGCUCGCGAAAGCGGAUGGAAUGUUUCAAUAUCUUGUCAGCCAGUUCGAAGUUCUCCAAAAGUUAAAUUCGAGAGAAAAAAUACGUUCAGAACUUCGGAAUUUGCCGUCAGGACUUGACGCAACAUAUAAUAGGCUCCUUCUCGACCUAGACCCCGAUUUUCAACCUCAGAUCCUAGACUCGCUGAAGUGGCUAGCUUUUUCAAGCAGACCACUGAGCCUCGCCGAACUUGCCGAAAUAUUCAUUUUCCGUCCUGGGGUUGUCAUCGACCUAAAAGAAGAGCGACUUUUUGCCCCAGAAGGGGUUUUGAGAUAUUUCUCAAGCCUCGUGACUACCGAGACAAGAGAAGAGUAUAGCUCUAGAGGAUGGAAAACAUUCACAGAUGUCCGCCUCGCUCACUUCACAGUCAAGGAGUAUUUGAUAUCUAAUCGCAUCGAACAAAGCCCUGCAAAGCAGUUCUGGUUUACGGAGAGGAAUGCUCACCUGCACAUCGCUCAUUGCUGCCUGUCUUAUCACGUCAGCCAAAGUGCCGAGGCCAAGGAGUCUGACUAUAAGCUACAUCUGGAAAGCUACGCAAUCGAGGAUUGGGUACGGCACUUAGACCUAGUUCCGCGCCAUGAAUGGUCAUCUGAGGUUAUCCGGCUCGCUGAGCGUGCCCUCUCCAUCCGCAGUAACAGCUUAAAACUGCUUAUAUGGAAUAGGCCACAAUCCUAUAGUAGGAAGCUGGCAGGUCCGUUUGACUGGAAGGAACGGAUCAACUUGCAGCAGCGGCCGUACUGCUACACCGCCGGGCUCGGCUCUCUGAAUCUCACCAAACUCCUGCUUCGUGGAGCUUCGAGAGCCAUCAUGUAUUUGGUUCAGGAGGAUCUCAACUUGACCCUCCGAGUCUCUGCCAAGGCAGGCCAUCAUGAUAUUGUACAAUUUAUUCUUGCCCGAUGUGCAGGUGACAAAGAACGAGACGCGAUCACUGUCGGGCCGCUCCAGGCUGCGGCAUACCGAGGACAUUUGGCCAUCAUAAGCCUCUUGCUGGACAGUGGCGCAGAUAUCAAUGCGUACGAUGACGAAUUUGGGUCGGCUUUGAAGGCCGCGGCUAUGGGCAAUCAGCCAACAGCACUACAAUUACUCCUGAGUCGCGGGGCUGACGUCCGCAAGGCAGGCUGUCUUUUGUCGUGCUGGAUAUCGACUUAUGAGAAGAAUUACAAUGUCCCGGAAAAUACUGAAGUUUUGCAGCUUCUUCUCGACAGCGGUGCUGAUAUUAACAACAAGUGUGCAAGACACGGAAGCCCACUGAAUCAGGCAAUCAAAAGGUGGUUAAGUCGAAAAACGCGUAGCUUUUUUGACUUUGUUGUAGAGCACGGCGCCGACAUCACAUUGGAUGAUGGGCGAGAUGGCACCCCGCUCCAAGCGGCAUGCCUCUCAGCCAUGAAGAGAAGUGCUGAUGGCGCGUCUAGAAGCAUUGCAGUGAUUGAGGCCCUGCUAGACAUGGGGGCCGACGUGAAUGGCCAGGGUGGGGAGUUCGGUAACGCACUACAAACGGAAUGUCGUAGACGAUAUUACGUCACUGGUGUGAUAAGUCUUCUUCUCGACAGAGGCGCGGAAAUAAACAACCGGGGAGGCCGAUAUGAAACAGCAUUGCACGCCGCCUGCUCCAAAGCGGACCCAGAGCUGGUUAACUUCUUGCUUGAUAAAGGCGCUGACCCUACGAUAGAGGGUGGGGAGUUUGGAAGCGUCUUGCAAGCGGCAUGUUCCAACUACAACCCAGACCGCCGUCUAGGUAUUGUGAAGAAACUGGUCGAAAAGGGCGCCGAUAUCAAUGCUGUCGGUGGCAAAUUCGGAAGCGCGCUGCAAGCGGCAGCUUCACACGGAGGCUCAUACUUUUGCAAGGGCGGGCGUGAGGAUGUAGAAACCUUUUUGCUCAGCAAAGGCGCAGAAGUCAACAUGCAGGGAGGGAUAUAUGGCACAGCACUUCAAGGCGCUUGCAAAGGAGGCAAGAUGGGAGCGAUUCGCUUGUUGCUUUCCCAUGGUGCAGAUGUAAAUGUUGAGGGCGGAAAAUACGGAACUGCGCUUCAGGCGGCUUGCGCGUAUCAACAGUGGGAAAAGGACUGUUACGACAUGCCACGCCUACUGAUAGAACAUGGGGCCAACGUACAUGUCCAAGGCGGCCUUUUCGGGAGCGCCUGGCAUGCUGCUGCUGCUACAGUUCCUGGUUGGAGUGAUAACACCGAAACGAUGAGGCUCCUUCUCGACCAUGGUAUCGAUAUUGACAGCAUAGGCCGACCACAUGGCACUGCUCUGCAAGCUGCCCUUGAGAUCUUGGAGGAUCACGACCGCCUCGUUCCCAGGCUCCGGCUUCUUCUCGAACGCGGCGCUGAUGUCAACUUAGGAGGCGGUCAAUAUGGAUUUCCGUUGCAGUCGGCGUGUGUAGCGCCUAGUAGUCGUGUAUAUGAGGUGAACAUCUGCGGCCUCAUCUACCUCCUCGAAAACUGCCCCGAAAUCAACAUCAAUAUGACAGGUGGGCUAUUUAGCACGGCUUUACAGGCAGCAACGUCUCAAGGCAAGACAAAAGGCGUUGAGCUGCUACUUCAGAAGGGCGCCGACACCAACAUUCGUGGCGGAAAGUACAGAAGCGCACUCAAUGCGGCCAUCUUCAAAGGGUAUUGGGAUCUGGUCGAGAUACUGCUGGAUGCUGGAGCCAAGCCGGACUGUCAUCAUCUUUCCGAACCCGACAAGGAAUGGCUGGAAAGUAUAGGCAGUGAACAUGGAAAGGGCGCUGUGGAUCGUUACAGGAAGUUUUGGGAGAUAAAGACGCUGGAAUUGAGUCAAGGCAAGGCGGUAAAAGGGGAGAAUGACUAG